UUAAACACUGGGCUAGAAGUGAUCGGUUUGUUUGCAAGUCCAGGCAGCAUUUUCUGUCAAGAAACGGAAAACUCCAAAGUUUUCUUUCGAAAAUGUCACAGAUUUUAAGGGUGUAAAUCUGAUUCCAUCGGAUAAAAAAAAAAAAAUCUUUUUUUUUUCUUUUCAUGCGAUCACAAGUGCUAAAAGUAUUACUUUCUUUCUAGACUGGAUGUGUUUAUAGGUAACCAUGACUGUUGCUCGAAGGUGACUGGCUCAAUUACUAAUUCGUCCCGUUUCCAUAGCCGUUGGUGUUGUCAUUUUUUUACAGCGUUUGAGCUGUUACCUUGCUUACUGUAUAUGAAACCACACGGGAGGAAAGCAGACCACCGUCAGCAAGCAGAACCGUGUCCGGACUUUCAAACAUUCUGCAUGAAAAAUGCCCAUUCGAGCUUAUUGCAUCAUCUGCUCCGAUUUCUUUGAUCAUUCAAAAGAUGUUUCAGCUAUACACUGUGGGCACACCUUUCAUUAUGAGUGCCUUCUUCAGUGGUUUCAGACUGCUCCUUCCAAGACAUGCCCUCAGUGUAGAAAGCAGGUUAGCACUAAACACAUAAUAAACCGAUUAUUCUUUGAUGUGGGCACAGAGGAAGGCACACCCCUGGACGCAGAGAGUUUAAAGAAUGAAGUGGAUAAUGUCAAAAUUCUGCUCAGCUCAAAAGAAAAAGAAAUUAAGGAGUGUCAAAAGAUUAUUGAAUCUCUUAGGGAGACGGUGCAUCUUGGUAACAUUAAUUUGCAGUCGCUGAAGAGGGAGCUGGAUGAAAAGGAUAUGCUGUGCUCUGCACUACGGAAACAAAUGCAGUACCUUGAAAAGCAACAAAAUGAUGCUAAGUUAGCUAAGGAGGAGUCGCAGCGACUGAGAAGCAAGCUGAAAACCUUUGAGAGUCUUGAUCUUCUGAUACAAGGCCAGCGGAAAGAAGUAGAAGCCAUGGUUAAAGAUAUGGGCGUGGGCCAGUCUGCCGUGGAGCAACUCUCCAUCUAUUGUAUCUCUCUCAAGAAAGAAUAUGAAAACUUGAAGGCAAGCCAUAAAACGUCAAAUGAAAUGAUAGAAAAAAUGAAGAAAGAACUGUUUUCUGUCAAUAACAAGCUUCAGAAAACCGUUGUGGAACUAAAAGAAGCAAAAUGCAACUUUGAAGCUGCCCAGGAUGACCUAAGGAAUUCAGAUAAGCAAAUCACGAGUCUGAAAAAAAAGGUGGAAUUUCUGCAGAAGAGUCUCAGUACACCAUCCCGCACCAAUGAAGCAAUUAGCCGGCUGGUCUUUGAAAGCCCAGCUCCUCUAGAAUUAAAGCAGCCUUUUCUACACCAGCCAGAGAAUGAUGAGGACAUUGACUUAAAUGCCACCUAUGAUUUACCCACUCCUACACAGUCUGCUGACAAGUGUAUCACUGCACCCAGCAAAAAGAUCAAAUUGGAUACAGUACAAUCAAAUGACACUGGCCAACUUAAAAAAUCCAUGGAAGACAACAAGAGCUCGAGGCCUCGAGAAGUAGAAGAUACAACCAUAGGUCCUUUCCUUUGUAACUCUCUUCUCUUCAGAAAGAAAACCUUUAGAAGCAUGCUUAACUCACAGAGAAAUGUCUCAAGCAUGAUGAGAACUGGCUUUGAUGGGCUUGGCGGAAGAACAAAAUUUAUUCAGCCUUCUCCUCUCUCAGAAAUCCGUCCUCUAGCAAUUAAGGCCAAGCGCAAGAAGGUGACCAGACCUACCAAACCCUCGGUUAAUUUACCUAAGCUGGACAGCUUCUUGGAAUGAAGCCAUAAAUCGAAAUGGACCAUACACUUAGACCACCAACGUGGACAAAGAGUAUCAUAUCAAACCCUAAUCCUAUCUGUAAUUAUGUCAUUUGUUUUUCCAGAACAUACUGAGGGAGGAUCCUGGACUUUACAGACGGCUAUUAUCAUGGUGUAGGGUUUUACUGGACAUGUGCAGAUGACAGAAAAUAAUGUCUGUAGGCUGCCCGCAGUCAUUUGCUAGAUCAUGUUGAGAUGCACUGUGCUAAACAAUUUUACCUUUUUUUAUUUUUUUGUGAAUAUGAAUAUGUCAUAACGCAGACUUGUCAUGUAGAUGAUCUCAGUAAUUUAUAUAAUUUCAAGAUGUCACCAUUCCAUGAACUUCCUUCAGUACUGACAUUUUCAAAUGUAGAUGUUUGUGUGUUUAAUUUAUUCCACAUUUUUCUUUUUAAAACUAGUUCUAGAAUAAAAAUAGAAGUCUGACUGUA